AUGAAUUCCGAUACCCUCUCAAGUGCAAUUAUGAUUCUGGGACAGGAUCUCUUUGCGAUGAAGCUAUACUGGGUGGCAAUAUCUGCUCUGUGGCUCUAUGAAUAUUGCCUAACAUUUCAUGAUGAGAUUGAAUAUGCAUGGAAAGGAGAUAAAACUUUUGUAUGUGGCAUUUAUUCUUAUUAUAAACCCAGGUAUACUGAGCAAAUUGUACUAGAACCGUUAUCUGUGUCCAAUGUUCAUUGGCAUCACAAUGUUUUACUGAAGAAAAGACUCAUCUCUCAACCCCUUGAAGCAUAUUUCUUGCCUGGAUUUGGUCUCAAACACUAUGGGUUCAUGGAAACUCUUGAAACAAUGCUCCUCACUUGCCUCUGUGAGAUAUUCCUGACCUUAAGAGUUUAUGCUUUGUCCAAAUGUCAUAGAAGUGUUCUGGUUCUGUCAGGGCUGAUAAUAGUAUGGCAAUGGGGCAUAGCUGUAUAUGCAAUGUCACAAUCUUCGCAAGGAACAGAUCAGAUUUCAUUGUUACUUACUGGUCCUAGUGCUUCCCAUUUUGUGGCACUUCCUGCUACUGACCCUUAUCACAUUUGCAUCUUUAUAUCCACCCUCACAGUCACUUCUUGGGUUGAAGCAUUCUUGUGUUUGAGCCUUGCAUUUGACGCUCUUGUGUUUAUUGCAAUCUUAUGGAUGACAUUCCGAAUGAUGGCUAAACAAAACUAUCAAUUUGUCCACAUCCUGGAGGUUAUUCAAAGGGAUGGCAUUUUCUACUUCUUUGUACUCUUUUCAUCCAACCUGCUGUGGUUGCUCUUAUUACUGCAUGCUCGAGCCUCUCUCAAAUUUAUCCAUAAUCAACCAGCAAUGAUAGUGUCAUCCAUUAUGAUAAAUCGGAUCACUCUCAAUCUCAAGAAAGCAAGUGAGAGAGGAAGGCAACCCACCUAUACAUGGAGUAUGAGGACAUUUGAACAACAAUAUGACUUCAACCUUAGGCACAGUCACUACCUCGAUGAUAGUUAUUAA